AUGUUUAUGUUUGAUUUUUUCAUUAUAAUAUCCUUAUCAACUAAGAAUGUGUUAUCAACAACGAAAAUAUCAAAACUAGUAUCUACCAGUAAAGACUUUUGUUGUGGCAGAAAAAAAAUAAGGCAGUUUUUUUAUUUGAGGAACAAUGUAAUAUAUUUCUUUUAUGUGAAUCAUCAUCUUCAUCGUAUAGCUGUUUAUUUACCAUAUUUAGUAUGUUAA